AUGAGGCAGGAGUUCUGGCCUAUCGCAGGAAGGAGCACGGUGCGCAGGAUUAUCGGAAAAUGCAUAACAUGCUUUAGAAUCAAACCGGGAGAGUCACAGUGCAUAAUGGGAGACCUGCCAGCCUCGAGAGUCUGGACAUCAAGACCAUUCCAGAUCUGCGGCGUCGAUUACGGUGGGCCCUUAUAUAUCAAAGAGAGCAGACGACGGAAUGCCAAGACCAGGAAGGCAUACCUGGCAAUUUUCGUAUGCUUCGCGACGAGAGCAGUGCAUUUGAAGCUGGUGGACAACCUGUCAUCCGAGGCGUUCUUGGGCGCCUUAAAAAGAUUUAUGGCGCGUCGAGGUAAGGUGUCUCACAUUUAUUCGGACAACGGAACUAACUUCGUGGGAGCUUGCCGAGAGUUGCAGGAAUUGCGGGCUCUAUUCGUCAGCGAGCAACGUAGGCGUCGGUUGGAGAGGUUUUUGGCGGCGGAUUAUAUUACCUGGCAUUUUAUACCUCCAAAUGCGCCGACUUUUGGAGGCCUGUGGUAA